AUGGAGGCCCCACCCUCAGAACCACGUCUAAACCUAAUGACCCCCGAAGGCCCCACCCCUAAAUGCCAUCACACCAGGGGUUCGGGUUUUAACAUACGGAUGUUGUGGCGGGGGGACACAAACAUUCGAUCCAUAACACUGGAAUCCACUUGGAUGCUUUUUCUGUCCAGAUGGUUGCAGAGCUGGAGUGGUCCCAGGAGUAAGGACAGACCCACUUGGGUGCUCCCUGCUCAGCCCCCUCCCUUUCACCCCACCCCUGAGAUCACAGCUGUCAGUCCCCUGGGUGCAUGUAAAUCCCAGGCUCAGGCAUCUGGAGCACUGGGUCCCGACCAGAGAGCUUCUUCCCCAAGAAUCUGUGUCCCUGGCUUGACUUGUUCAGUCACUCAGUCGUGUCAGACUCCUUGGGAUCCCAUAGACUGCAGCACGCCAGGCUUCCCUGUCCUUCCCCAUCUCCCAGACCUUGCUCAAACUCAUGUCCAUUAA